AUGACUCCCGCAACUAUUGCUAAAUAUCCUGAAGGCACUCCCUUUGAGACAGGGAUGCUCGAGGUUUCGAGAGAGCCUCCGCAUACACUUUACUACGAAGUGAGCGGGGACAAGGAUGGCAAACCAGUUGUGUUCUUACACGGUGGUCCGGGAGGAGGGGUGAGCCCAUCCGAUCGUACAUACUUUGAUCCCGAGAAAUACAAGAUCAUCCUGUUCGAUCAACGAGGAUGUGGUAAAUCGCAACCGAGUUCAUCUCUCGAAGCCAAUACAACAUGGGAUCUGGUGGCUGAUAUUGAGAAGCUCCGCGAAAAGCUAAAGAUCGAUAAAUGGGUUGUCUUUGGAGGCUCUUGGGGCUCAACUUUGUCGCUAGCUUAUGCCCAAACACACCCAGAUCGCGUGAAAGGCCUGAUCCUACGGGGCAUCUUUACCUUACGAAAGAGUGAACUUGAUUUCUUCUAUCAGAACGGCACUUCUCAUCUCUUCCCCGAAGCAUGGGAGGAGUAUGUUGCUCCUGUUCCCGAGGCCGAGCGUGAUGAUUUCAUCAAAGCGUACAACAAGUUGCUCAACUCGAAUGACGAGAAGGUUAGGCUAAACGCGGCAAAGGCUUGGUCCAAGUGGGAAAUGACUACGUCCAAGUUGUAUGUCGAUCCGGAGUACGUUGCUAGGGCCACUGAAGAUGAUUGGGCCAAUGCAUUUGCUCGUAUCGAAAACCAUUACUUUAUUAACGAGGGAUUUAUGCGCCAAGGCCAACUCCUAGAGAAGCAGUCGAUUGAUAAAAUCCGCCACAUCCCAACAAUUGUCGUACAAGGCCGGUACGAUGUAGUCUGUCCGAUAACCACCGCAUGGGCCCUCAAGAAGGAAUGGCCAGAUAUUGAACUUCAUAUUGUUCCUGACGCUGGCCACUCCGCCCGUGAGCCGGGAACUGCAAAACUCCUCACCGAGGCCGCAGACAAAUUCGUCUCCCUUUGA